AUGAGCUCCCUGGCACAGUCGGGCCAGCCUCAUCACAUCGUCAAGUACUCGGGCAGGCUUAACCAAGAGAACAGAAGGGAACCUCUUCAACCUCCUACAAGCUCACUACCUCCCGUCGCCUUACGGGGCGGCAAUGAGUACAACGACGCACCUCUUCAAUCCUCCGAGGACAUGCGGAGGCGGAUGCUGAAGAGAAGUAGAACCGAUCUCUCUGCUUAUGGAUCCGAACAAAGCAUAGUACCAUACCGCGAUAUAGAAGUGGAGCUGGUCGAUAACGAGACAAGCGCAUAUAUGCAGUCUUCUCUAGAAACACCGCUGCCGACUGCGCACAGACUCUCAGAAACGUAUAAACUACCCUCGGGCAUGGGGAAAGACGUCCCACCGCAGGACUUUUCUCCAUUGCCUCGUGCGACGUAUAGCAGGCGAAAAAUGGGAGAGAAUCGUGCACCAACGGAUCAGGCUAUCAAUAGAUGGUCAUCCCUGAGGGGAAUCAACAGUAAGCAUUCAAAGAAGAACGACAACGAGGAAAGACUAGCACGCACAAGCUCUGGCAACCUGAAGGAGAAUGCCAGCGGUGAUAUAUCGAAUUCUUCUAACAAGAAAGGCAAAUCUUCAGCGUUGUCCACCGUUUACUCUCAACGUGCAUCGAAAGAAGCAAAAAGUCGGUCGGGGACGCGUCGAUCCCACCGUCAGGCUAAACACUCAGCAAGUUCUCGCUCCAGUUCGCCCGGCAGUCGCGUACAACCCCUCUCAUCACCGUUCACCUCUCGACCUUCUUCUGCUGCUAGUUCACCUAGAUCUGCAACAGAUCAUAUUUCUUCGAAUGCCGUUACGGCGAAUAUCGUCGGAGGGAAUGUUAGGCCAGUAAAAUCCAAAAGCGGCCAGUUCAAGGUACCAUUCCUGCCGAACACACGAUCCAACCAGUAUGGGGUACAUAGCACUGCCACUUCCCCUGCCCAUUCAACUAUAUGCGCUCAUUCCCCCACCCACGACGUACAAGACCAUGCCAACAACGUGGUCAAGGCGCGACGUCCUUCUGCCCCAUCAGCGACUCGACCUUCUUCUGAACACAUAUUCUCUGCGUUCCCUUACGCUGCCCAAGAACCAGAAGAUGAUAGUAUAACUCUUGCAAAUCGAGGGAUACUCGGAUUAACGUUUGAUCGACCUCCGUCCCAGCUUGACUACACUCACGUUUAUUGGGACUCUGAAGGGCAAUAUUUGGGCGGUUGUGAUUUGGACGGAGUCGACGAAGACCUUUUUAGUGAGUCGUUAUCCACUUUGCUUAUCCCUAACCAACCUUCCUGGCCAGAACCGAACGCUUCGUCAUCCGAAUUUUCCAUGUUUUGGAGCGAAGUCAGAGGUAUGUCGACGCCCUUCGACCGAUCGAAGCAUGCAGACGAUAGAGAGAAUUGCGACUUUCCGUAUCAUGAUGACGAUGACGAGCAAGGAGAAGGAAUUCUGUCGGGAAUCUUCCCUUUUGCAUCGGCUCCAGGUGCCAGAACACCAGAACUACAGCAAACUCAACCUUCGGCUCACUCUGUUACGAGGCCAUAUCUUCGCUCUUGCUUCUCGGACACAGUCGUGAACGGUGGGCCUGAGAAUGUGGAGGAGUCACCUACAAAGGAAUUCGUCUCUCCGCGUUCUGGAAGAACCUACUACUGCUCUCCCAAGCUGAAAGAGAAACGGGGGCACUCAACUAGCGAUGGCUGGAGGGAAGGGAAGGGAUUGAUAAGUGGAGAGGGAGGCAGUGAAUUGUCAUGGCAGAGUGAUAGCUUGAUAUCUCCACCAACAGCCAUUGUAAAGAAGUUUCAGCAGGGCCAGGUUUACGCGCGUUCGCCCCUCAACCACAAGGACACGAAGGAUAAAGGUGGACACGAUAGAAAUGACACCGAAGACGAUGAUGGCACUAUGGACAUGGAACUGGAUGCAUGCCUCACUGCACCCACCAUCAGCAAACCAAGUAAGCAUACCAGUAUUCGAAUUGAUGGCGCCCGUAGCCUCGACGACAUAUUCGGUUCCGUGAACAUUAGUAUCGAGGAAGGUUCCUUGGACCUUGAUAAAACCAUCAUGGACGGGCACGAGCCAUCGGGGGUACGCGUAAUCGGUACCGACGACGAUGCAACAAGACAGUCAAACGGACAGCUCAGUGCUCCAGUGCAGCCUGUAAAAUCUGUAGCCUCCUCGGCUACCAUGAAAGGCCGCAAUAGGAGAGGAACGAUCAAGGCCUCAGAUUUCCCCCAGCCCCCGACAGCAGGAGCUGAAAAUGACGGAACCAACGCAAUGUCCAGAAGAACACGCAGCGGCACGAUAACCGCUCGUAACCUAGGUUUAGGGCAUAAUACCGGUUCUUUAGGCAGCUCCAAUACCUCCGCUCCUCGCGUCGGUGUCGAGGCCAGGCGGACAAGGAGUGGGACAAUAAUCGCCCCCCCAGCCACUAAGCCCAUUAAUCAUAGAAUUUCCAACGCCAAAGACGGAACCAAUAUAGAUUCCCGAAGUAAUGCUCAAGGCCGAAACCCUGCUGGGAACCGAAUCAGCUCUUCUUCAUCAGCCGUGAAUGUCGAGCUCAGUCAGCGAACUGAGAUGAACGCCCAUUCACCGAACUCGACGGCCACCGUGUCUUCCCCGGAUCCAAUUAACCUUCUUGGCCCACCUAUCAACAUACAAAACGAGGUCUGGCAAGUCGCGCCGAGAGUAUUCUCCCCAGAAAAUCGGCGGUCGUCUGUUGCGAAAACUUCCCUGCGACCGUGCGUGUCAGAUGCCCCCCGGCUAAGAGUGAUGCAGCCGUUAAAGGGUGGCCCCAGAGGCGGCGCUAGAGGUAUGGGUCCAUUUGCAAUGAUGUUAAGUACUAUGAAGCGCGUCGACGAGAAUGAGAGGAGCUCCGACGACGAGUUGCUACUGAAGGGGAAGGCGUCCGCCACGAGAAAAUGA